AAUAUUCGUAUAACUUCACUGCAAAGCAAACGUCAAGAAAAUGUAAACAACGGUGCAAAAAGUGCAAGAGAAUGGAUGAAAAAGUGGAACACGAAGAUGUAAAUUGUUAUUAUAAUCUUGAGAAUCAAUUAAUUGGUGCAGAAUUGGAGAAGGAAGAGUACAAGCUUGAAGAAUUUCUGGUUUUCAAAAACAAAAAGAAGGAAGAUGUGAAAAAAGUGGAAUCUGGAGGGUUUGUCACAUUUGAGAUUACAGGAGAUCAAAUUCUUGAUGUCAAGCAGUACAAAUGUUCAAUUUGUCCGAAGAUUUUUAAGAGGAAAAUUUAUCUUACGAAGCACUUAAAAACCCAUGACAGGAAGAAAGAAUACCAAUGUAAAAUUUGCAAGAAAAUCUGUAAGCAACCGCACGCAUUGGGAAUGCACAUGAGCAUUCACACAGUCCAGAGGAAUCACCAGUGUUCUUACUGCUCGAAGAUGUUUAAGAGCGAAACUUUCCGUAAGAACCACGAAAUUAUUCAUAUAGUAGAACCUCAAUUGUGUCCUAUAUGCAAGAAGCUGGUAAAGAACGCAAAACGCCUCAAGGAACACAUAAGAUUCAAACAUAAGCAGAGCAACACAAAAUUGAACAAUCCUAAAGAGAUGCCAAAAAACAAGCCAAAGAAUGAGCUGCAGAAGCAAAGCACUCAUCAAGUCUGCAACAUAAUUUCCCGAGAUAAAAAUGAUAAGUGCAUUGCAAAAAUCGCCAAAAAAAAAUCAAGUGCGAAAUAUUCGAACGCACGUUCAAAGGGAUCGAAUUACCCAAAGAUCACAUGAAUACGCAUGAAUUGGCAGAUUUUAAGAACUACUUUCUAUGUGAAAAUUGCUGUGUAGUUUAAAUACUCGUUAAAUUUCAUAGAAAGUCUCAUUUUAUUUGAGAGAAAUAGUGAGAAUUUGACGAUUCCUUCACAAAUGACCCAGAGAAGAUUUACUUUGUCCAGAGCUUUGCCUUUAAUUUACUAGAAGUAUUUGUUGUUGGAUUGUGUAUAGAAAUUAAUGAAGAAAAAGGAAAAACUUGGGAAAACCUAGUUUUUCAAAUGGAUUUUCUGUACGUUAAAAUCCAAAAGUGACGUUGGCUGCUAACUUCACACUGUGCUGUAAGCGCCGCAAAACGUCAGACAACUAUGUGUAAAAAUCGUGUAAACAGAAGGUGUUGACGAAG